AUGGACCAUGACCAUCACAGCAGCAGAAGAAGUGGUCACAGCAGACACUAUGAAGAUGAAGAUGAGAACCAGUCUAUUUACAUUGGCGUUCCAGUGCCAAGGGGCUACAGACGGAAGCGGCGACGUCGCAGGCACACAUCCCGACACGAUCACAACCGUAGUGAGAGACACUAUGAUCGCCAUGGACACCAUGCGCAAGAGGAACAGUAUGAUCCAGAUGAUGGUGGACAUGACUCAAACGAGCAACUUUCAGACAUCAACUCCACCAUGUCUCCUGCUGCAGAGAGACUGCGCUCCAUCCUUGGUGAGGAUGAUGACCCCACACCUACACUCUUCACUGAGAUGGACACACUGCAGCAUGAAGGUGGAGAACUGGAGUGGAAGGAAUCUGCCAGGUGGGUGAAGUUUGAGGAGAAAGUGGAAGAGGGUGGGGAGAGGUGGAGCAAGCCCCAUGUGUCUACUCUGUCACUGCACAGUCUAUUUGAGUUGCGUACCUGUUUGCAGACUGGCACUAUCCUGCUGGACCUGGAGGGCUACUCUCUGCCUCAGAUAGUCGAUGACAUAGUGGAGAAGCAGGUGCAGGAUGGUCUAAUAGCUCCAGAGCUCAAAGAGAAAAUCAGUUUCGUCUUGCUGAGGAAGCAUCGACACCAGACCAAGAAACCCAUCCAUCGUUCACUGGCUGACAUUGGGAAGCCCAGCCCUUCAAAUAAAGACCGCAGUCCGAGCCGCAGCCCGAGCUGCAGCCCGAGCUGUGCAUCUGGCUUUCAUCGCUCCACUGAGGACCUGCGAGCUCGCCAGAGUGGAAGCCUGGGAAAACUGCAUCCUUCCCAGUGUCGUAGUAUGAAUGACAUCUCAGUCACUCCAAGCUCUGACCAGCUCAAGAACAAGUUCAUGAAGAAAAUCCCCAGAGAUGCGGAGGCAUCCAAUGUCCUGAUUGGAGAGGUGGACUUUGUGGACAAGCCGUUCGUGGCCUUUGUUCGUCUUGCUCAAGCUACCACAUUAGGCGGUCUGACUGAGGUCCCUGUGCCAACCAGGUUUCUCUUUGUGUUGCUGGGUCCUCAUGGCAAGGCCAAGUCCUACAAUGAGAUCGGCCGGGCCAUGGCCACUCUCAUGGUGGAUGAUCUCUUCAGCGAUGUGGCCUAUAAGGCCAGGGAUCGUGAAGACUUGAUUGCAGGAAUUGAUGAGUUUCUGGAUGAGGUGAUAGUGCUCCCACCAGGAGAGUGGGACCCAAAGAUCCGUAUUGAACCACCAAAGAAACUUCCUUCAGCAGAGAUGAGGAAGUCUGUUUUUUCACUAAAUGAGCUGGGCCAGGCGAAUGGAACUGCAGCAGGAGGAGGAGCAGCUGCUGAUGAUGAAGAGAUACCUGCCCCUCAUGAGUUGGGAGAGGAAUUGACCUUUACUGGGAGAUUUUGUGGAGGCCUUUACCUUGACAUCAAACGAAAAAUACCUUGGCUGCCAAGUGACUUCUAUGAUGGCUUUCACAUUCAGUCGAUCUCGGCUGUGCUUUUUAUCUAUCUGGGUUGCAUCACUAAUGCCAUCACCUUUGGAGGACUUCUAGGAGAUGCCACUGACAACUACCAAGGUGUGAUGGAGAGCUUUCUUGGCACAGCUUUGGCAGGGACAGUCUUCUGCCUGUUUGGUGGUCAACCCCUCAUCAUCCUAAGCUCCACAGGACCUAUAUUAGUCUUUGAAAAGCUGCUCUAUGAGUUUUGCAAGACAAAUAGCAUCGACUACUUGGAGCUGCGACUGUGGAUUGGUCUGCACUCGUGCCUCCAGUGUCUGUUGCUGGUGGCCUCAGAUGCCAGCUACAUCAUCAAAUACAUGACACGCUUCACCGAGGAGGGCUUCUCCAGCCUUAUCUCUUUCAUUUUCAUCUCUGAUGCAAUCAAGAAGAUGGUGGGAGCCUUCCAGUACUACCCCAUUAACAUGAACUUCAAGCCUGACUACAUCACAGCCUACAAGUGUGAAUGCUUGGCACCUGACCAGGUGGCUUCAAUGGUUGUUAAUUCUUCAGCUGCACUUGGCCAAGACAACGUCACUGACUACUCUUUGUACAACUUCACAGGUCUGGACUGGAGCCAGCUGAGUAAGAAGGAGUGUUUAAAGUAUGGCGGUUCUCUAGUGGGCAAAUCCUGCAAGUACGUCCCUGACCUGGCCCUCAUGUCCUUCAUCCUGUUCUUUGGCACCUAUUCCAUGACCAUCUCUCUCAAGAAAUUCAAGGCCAGCCGCUACUUUCCCACUAAGUGCCGUACCCUGCUUGCGGAUUUUGCCAUUAUCAUAUCCAUUCUGGUCUUCUGUGCCCUGGAUUACCUGAUGUCCUUGGAUACUCCCAAACUGCAUGUCCCCACUGAGAUCAAGCCAACUCGGAUAGAUCGUGGUUGGAUAGUCAUGCCCAUUGGGAAGAACCCCUGGUGGAUGUACUUGGCCAGCUUUGUGCCUGCUCUUCUAGUUACCAUCCUUAUAUUCAUGGAUCAACAGAUCAGUGCUGUCAUUGUCAACCGCAAGGAGAACAAACUCAAGAAAGGGUGUGGUUAUCAUUUGGACCUCUUCUGGGUGGGCAUCCUUAUGGCUGUCUGCUCUUUCCUGGGCCUGCCCUGGUACGUAGCAGCCACCGUAAUAUCCAUUGCUCACAUUGAUUCCCUUAAGAUGGAGAGUGAGACCAGUGCUCCAGGGGAGCAGCCACAGUUCCUUGGAGUACGGGAGCAGAGAUUGACAGGUAUCUUGGUUUUUGUAAUAACUGGACUCUCCAUUUUCCUGGCUCCUAUACUGCAGUACAUUCCCAUGCCUGUGCUCUAUGGUGUGUUCCUGUAUAUGGGAGUAGCCUCUCUCAAUGGCAUUCAGUUUUGGGAAAGGAUCAAGCUUUACCUGAUGCCUGCCAAGCACCAGCCAGACUUCGUUUUCCUCCGACACGUACCUUUGCGCCGUGUACAUCUCUUCACCUUGGUGCAGAUUACCUGCCUGGCUGUGCUCUGGAUCCUCAAGUCUACUGUGGCAGCCAUUAUAUUCCCUGUCAUGAUUCUGGGACUGAUGGUGGUGAGGAAGAUGCUUGACCUGGUCUUCUCCCAGCAUGACCUGGCCUGGCUGGAUGACAUCCUCCCCGACAAAGACAAAAAGAAAAAGGAGGAUGAGAAGAAGAAGAAAGAAAAAAAGAAGGCCAAGAGCAUAGAUCACGACAGUGAUGAAGAGACAAACUGUCCCAGUGAAUCUCCCUCCUCAGUGAAAAUUCCCAUGGAGCCAAUGGACCCAUCAGUGCAUCCCUCAUCCUCCCAUGACCCCCCUAACAAAGACCCUACAACCUCUAAUUAAUAAUCACCUUUAUUCCAACUGCACCCCCACUGUGUCAGACUUGGACCACAGCAUCAGUCUGCACCAAGAUCUCCUGUACUCCUUCCCCAGCUCAACCUUCAACCCAUCAAGCCGCCCUUCUUGUCCCUCAUGUCAGCAUUCAGACGGAGCCCAAAUACGAAGAGAGG